AUGACAACCCCAACCCAUCCCCCCAGUCUAAUCCGCAGAGACGCAACAGACGCCGAACUAGCCUAUCUUACGGUCCGCAGAGACUUUUUAGAUUCCCUACGUGACCAACAUAGAGCCCUGCGUAACCGUAAGGAGAUGACCGAAGAGCGACGUUCCGAGAUUCUAGAAACGCUUCGUAAUCUCGCUUCACAGACGGAAGAUAUCAAAAUUGCUGGACUUCGUAUGAAAGAUGAGCAGCCUUUGUGUCAUGCUGUCUGUGAGAACCGUAUUGGAUACUUUAAUGGUGGGUUGAGUUCUGCUUUUGCAUGGGAUUGUAAUAAGAAUCGGGAUGAGAUUGUUCGACUUAUUAAUGCUGUUGCUUGGGAGGGGAACAGUGGGGUGCUUUCUGAUAAAGUUGAUGGGCGGUUGAUUUGGAGAUAG